AUGUUCGUCCCUGGUAUGGCAGAAACACCGCCUCCGCAAUCUUCCCAAGAUCCGAUCGAUAGCAUAUCAGACAUGGACGGGAAAAGGCCUAUCGCGUCGCGGCGGGGAACCAAGCUACUCGCCAUACCCCUCCCAGACCCCCCACCGGGUACCUCCUUCGAUUUCUUCCACCGUUCCGCCAGGACUCCCGCUCGAACUCCCGCCGAGAGCAAUCCCGCCGCCGGUUCGAGCUCCACCUGCCGUCGCGCCUCUCCGCGGCUUCCGCGCGACGUUGCCGUCGCGCUCACGCCCACGCUCUCCUCCUCCCCGCAGCCGCGCGCCAAGCCGCAUCACGCGGCGCCGCAUCCUCCUCCGCGUCGGCCGUCCGCCUUGGAUGCCGGCGCGGACAGCUCGCUCGAAGCGACAGGAACGACGGCGCCAUGCAGGCGGCCGGCGCGCCACGCGCCGCUCUCUCCGUGUUGCAAGCUGCAUUGGCGACGCGUGGUCGUGGUAUCCCUGCUGCUGCUCUCCUUCGCGCUCUUCCUCCUCAUGCUCCCCGCCUUGUGGCUCGCUCACGCCUGGCCCUUACCGUCGCUGCCGUCGGUGACCGUCGCGCCGCGCGAGUCGAUCCCCUCGGCGCGCUUCAAGGCGUUUGAAGUUGGCCUCGGAGGCCCGCUUAGCCUCUUCAUGCGCCGACCGUGGCUCGCGGCGAGAGCUUCGCCAGAAAGCCUACUAACGCCGGGUCUACCGCUGUCGCAUCUCAAGAGACACGUCAGCGCGGAUUUCUUCGUUCCGCGGGUGGGGAGCGGCGCGAUUUCCCGCCCUGCGGCGCAUCCCUUGUCCCUGUUGAGAUCGUGGCUCCGCUGGAACCGCGGAGAGGCAGGCAGCGAGAGCAUUCCCGAAAAUGCGGGGGCAAAUGCACCUGCGCCAUUGAGUGGCGGUGGCGACUCGGAUGUCAUCACAGAUCCGCACAGCGGCGGCGACGGCGACGGCAUUUGCGUCGCAAUUCCUUCCUCCCCGCGCUCCUUCCCCCACCGGGAGCUCCCCCCGUGGCACUUCCCCGUGUCGCUGCUGAAAUCGCUGGACGAGCGCCACUCCCGACGGAAUUCUGCGCAUAGGGGGAAACAGCUCGGCGGUCUGGGGGAAAUGCACGCGGUGGUGUAUAGCGCCGGCUGCAAGGCGUCAGUUCCAGCCGCCCUUGCGGCCAAUCGACGGCAGCGCAUGGGUAGGCUCAGGCGGAUCGGAGCAGCUAAGAGUGUGGAGGAUAUGGAGGCGGAUUUUGUUGUUGAGGAUACGAAAAGGGCGAACGAGAUGGUUGGUGUUUACACGCGGGAGAUUGAACGGGCGGCGCAGGGAUUGUCGAUGCGUGUGGAUGUGCUGAGAGCGCAUGAGGACGUGUGCCGGUUCAUUGGACAGGAGGAAGGGGAGUUGAGGCGCGGUGGAGUUGAGGAUAAGGUUGUGGGGAAAGAGGGGUGGGAGAGCUGGAAAUGGCGCACGAAACUGGUCAUGGACUUUGUCUAUGUGGCAAGGCAAUGCCUGGCCACAAGACCAAAGUAUGUGCUGCUGCUGCAGGAUGAUACCCUACCUGCCAAGCUGUAUGACGUUGGGAUUGAGAAGUUUGUAAGCGAGGAUUUGGCGCACAAGAGCUGGGCAGUUGUGUCGUUGUACAAUCCCCAGUCGUACAACUGGAAACACCAGCACGGGGAUGAAUACUCUGUGCCCUGCUGCGCCCAGGCACUCCUGUUCAACGUGACUGCGUUGGAAGGUAUACUGCAGUACAUGGAGGCGCACUUCAUGGAGACAAACAUGGAUCUUCUGGUGAACAAGUACCUGAUUGUGUCAGGCGUCAAGGGGUACGUUCACUUGCCUUCCCUGUUUCAACACCUAGGGUCCCGGUAUAAUUACUCCGUCAUGGCGCCGUGCGCUAUGCCCCCCCGCCUGUUCGUACUCGUGGUUGCGUUGGUGGCGGCCGUGGCGCUGCUGUCGCCGCCGGUGGUGCGAGCCGGCAUCAAUCGCGUUACCGUCAUCGACUCCUCGCAAUUGGCGGUGCUGCGCGCUCUAUCCAAGGAGUGGGGCCGCGGGUUCAACUACUCGCGCGCGUGGUCGUCGAAGCAGCCGCCGAAGCGCUGCAUGGCGUACCCCGGGAUCAUAUGCAACGACAAGGGUAUCAUCGUCGGACUGAACGUGAGCAACACCAACAUCAACGGCACGAUCAAGGGAGUCAGCGCCCUCACCGCGCUGGCCUUGCUCGACAUGAGCCAGAACCCCAUCAAGGACGUAGCUCCCCUCGCCCCGCUCACCAACCUCGUCUACCUCAAUUUAGAGGCACUGGGCAUCGAAAAGGCACCCAACGCACUCGGCAACCUGGGCAUGCUCAAACACCUGAACCUGAAUCAGAACUAUCUGUCCACUCCAAUCCCACCAUUCGUCACGGCCCUAACUGCCCUCACCCUCUUGGACCUUGGGUUCAACGACUUUAGCGGAUCUCUCCCUCCUGGCUUUGGCAACCUGAAGAGCCUGAAGAAGCUGGUGUUGUCGCACGGUGGCGAUGCGCUGGGCGGCAAACUGCCGCGCUCCUUCUCCUCCCUCACCAACCUGCGCGAACUGUACAUGAACGACAAUGCCUUUGGAGGCAGCAUCCCUGCUUACAUCGGAAGCUUCCUCUCCCUUUCCUACCUCCGGCUGAGCAACAACAUGUUCUCGGGCACCAUCCCCAAAGAACUCUCACGCCUCAAGAGCCUGCAGUUCCUAGGGCUGCGCUACAACUGGCUGACGGGCUCCAUCCCCGCUGCCCUCGCCUCUCUCUCCCAACUCACCUACCUGUCUCUGAAUUACAACAAGCUGAGUGGGAGCAUCCCGGAACAGCUGACCCGCCUGGCCAACAUCCAGAGCAUCAAUCUAGAGAGCAACUAUCUAUCGGGGACCCUCCCCGACAUCAAUCGUCUUAAGCUGCUCACAGACAUCAACGUGCGCUCCAACUAUCUCAGCGGCACCAUCCCUCCACGCUACCUGCUGCUACCGUACCACAGCCUGUCCUCCAACUACUUCGUGGGCGAGGUGUCAUACAAGGCCAAGAACCGCACUUCUAUAUGCCCCGGCGAGUCCGACGUUGAUAACAACUGCCUGCGCCUCAAGUGGUGGGACAAGAAGGCAUGCGGCAAGAAACCGCCGCAGCGCAGCGCCGAAUCCUGCUGGACCUUCUGCCGGGCGGCAAGCAGGCUCGGCACGUGCGGGCGGCGGGGCUUCUGUGUGCCGGCCAGCCUGCGCAAGAACGACAGCGCUGUGGUGUAUGCCGCGUGCCGCUGCAAGGAGGGCGCUGCUGUUACGGCCGACAACCAGUACUGCGUGAAAGUGACAAACAAGUUAGUGCGCAAGGCGUGUCCGCCCAAUCCCAAGUGCCCUCCCAGGAGUGUCUGCCAACCCAACUUCCUCUCCCCUCUCGGAUACCGCUGUGCCUGUGCCAAGGGUUACCAGCCAGUGGCAGAGAACUACUGGACCGUUACAAAGUGCGUUGCUAUAGAGGUGUAG